AUGGGGAUCCACUUUAUGCGUCAGAUAAUUAUAGAAGCCAAAGGCUCUUCCUUGACAGAAUUGGAACUUAAAGCAGACCAUGCCAAUCGUCCGUUAUGGACUUGCACAGACGGGAGAAUCUUUCUUGAGGCCUUCUCACCAUUUUAUAAACAAGCUUCUGAUUUCCUAAUUGCUACUGCCGAACCUGUCUGCAGGACGGAAUUAAUACAUGAAUACAACCUCACUCCCCACUCACUUUAUGCGGCUGUAUCGGCUGGACUGGCAACCGAAGACAUCAUAUCAGUUUUGAACAACCUAUCCAAGAUCAAGCUCCCUAAAGAGGUGAUCGAUUUUAUCCGCGCAUCCACGGCCAAUUGUGGCAAAGUAAAGCUUGUGUUGAAGAAGAAUCGUUACCUAAUUGAAUCUCCUUUUCCUGAGGUAAUGAAGAUAUUGUUAAAUGAUAAAGUGAUAUCUCGAGCAAGAAUCUCCAGUGAGGGAGGUAAUGGAAUCACUGUUGGUGAAACAAUUGGGGAAAUCAAAAGCACACACAACGAGGUGCUAAACGAAGCGCAGUUGGCCGCUGUAACUGAAGAAAAAACAAUUCGUGCCUUUGAAAUUGAUCCUGCUCAGGUUGAAGUUGUAAAGCAGAGAUGCUUGCCAAAUCAUCUUAACUAUCCCAUGUUGGAGGAGUAUGAUUUCCGUAAUGGUACAAUCAAUCCUGACCUUGAGAUUGAAUUAAAGCCUCAAGUUAAACCAAGGCCUUAUCAAGCAAACAGUCUUAGUAAGAUGUUUGCAAAUGGUAGAGCAAGAUCUGGCAUCAUUGUCUUACCAUGUGGUGCUGGAAAGUCUUUAGUAGGCGUUUCUGCUGCCUGCCAGAUAAAGAAAAGUUGCCUAUGUUUGGCAACAAAUGCUGUAUCCGUGGAACAGUGGGCUUUUCAGUUCAAGUUGUGGUCAAACAUCCGAGAUGAAAAUCUAUGCCAAUUUACAUCUGAUAGCAAAGAAUGGUUUCGUAAGAAUGCUGGAGUUGUGGUGACCACAUAUAACAUGGUUGCUUUUAAAGGUAAUCGAUCAGAGAGGUCUGCAAAGUUCUUCAAGGAGAUCAGUAAUAGAGAAUGGGGUUUGCUACUCAUGGACGAGGUGCACGUGGUUCCUGCAAGCAUGUUUCGUAAGGUCAUUUGCAACACUAAAUCUCAUUGCAAGCUUGGGCUUACUGCCACACUUGUUAGAGAGGAUGAAAAGAUUACAGAUCUGAACUUUCUUAUUGGUCCCAAGUUGUAUGAGGCAAACUGGUUAGAUUUGGUCAAGAGGGGAUUUAUUGCAAAUGUACAAUGCGCUGAAGUGUGGUGUCCAAUGACGAAAGAGUUUUAUGCUGAAUACUUAAAGGAUGAAAAUUCUAAGAAGAAACAGGCACUGUAUGUGAUGAACCCAAACAAGUUUAGAGCCUGCGAGUUUCUAAUACGAUACCAUGAACAUGAGCGUGGAGAUAAGAUAAUUGUUUUUGCUGACAAUAUUUUCGCACUCAGGGAAUAUGCAAUCAAACUUGGCAAACCUAUGAUUUAUGGUGCCACAAGCCAUGAUGAAAGGACAAUGAUACUAAAGGCUUUCAAGACUGGCAAGAAAGUUAACACUGUUUUUCUUUCCAAAGUGGGUGAUAAAUCAAUUGACAUCCCCGAAGCAAAUGUAAUCAUUCAAAUUUCCUCUCAUGCUGGUUCAAGACGUCAAGAAGCCCAACGGCUAGGGCGUAUUCUGAGGCCAAAGGGUAAACUCCAGGAUAGAAUGGCAGGAGGAAAAGAGGAAUAUAACGCCUUCUUCUACUCCCUAGUAUCCACAGACACACUGGAAAUGUACUACUCCACUAAGAAGCAGCAAUUUUUGAUCGAUCAAGGUUAUAGUUUUAAGGUGAUAACGAGCUUGCCUCCACCAAACAUAGGGGCAAAGCUGAGCUAUCAUCGUCUGGAGGAUCAACUCUCACUUCUUCGAAAGGUGUUGAGGGCUGGUGACGAUGUAGUAGGUUUGGAAAUACUGGAGGAUGAUGCAGAUGAGAUAGCACUUCAAAAAGCUCAUGCCCUUUGCCUAGAUGGAUCCAAGAGUUCCAUGUCAGGAGCUACAGGGGUGGUUAAUCAUAAGUCCAGGACUGGACAAACAAAGAACAAGCGUAAGGGUCCUUCAAUUCGAGAAAGGCUUUACAAAAGAUGUUUUACAUGAUCACAUAUGUCCUGGGAAUGGGUCGUUUAUUGCUAUGUUCUGUAGGAACUAGGAACCAUAACUGAGGCCUGUUUUGCUGUGUUGGCGUUGGAUGUCUCAACCUUCAAGAGCAUUUGUUCUACUAAAUCAGUUUAUAUACACAAAGAAAAAUGAAAACCCUUUACAUUGGUUCUUAUAUAGUUUUGUUUCUAGGAAAUUCUAGUGCAAAUUAUUUAGUGUGUAUAUAUAACAAAUAUUACACAUGUUCAAAAGUUUCACUUUAACAAAAAAUUGUAAUCUUUAGCUUUUGGUGGAGUCCUGUUUAAAGGUAGCAAAACCUAGAUUGUAUGCAUUGAAAUUUCAUGAUUUUGGUGUACUUUCGACCUUAAUUAAAACAAUUUGAAUGAAAUUUCUUUUCUUC